AUGUACACAAUCUCUCCUCUGGAGCUGAUUUCGAAGGUUCCUCACGUGAUGAUAAAAAGACCUUUUGUUUCGAAAUCGAGGACACCACUACCGAUUUCGAUUUACUCUAUUUCAUGGAUAUUCGCAGUACCCGAUGAGUAUUACGACGAUUCUCAAAGUUAUAUUCCUUUUGCAUUUUACGACGCUCCAAAGUCUCCGUUUAUGGAAGGCGAUAGUUAUAGCCCAAUAGGACAGAGAAGAAUGUCAUUUCUGGUUUUAUUUGACGUGACAUCAACUGAGUCAUAUUUACACGCGCUAUCAAUUACUGAGCUUUUGCUUAGCAGGAACCAAACUACAGGACUUCACGAUCCAGUGGUGGCUCUCGUAGCGAAUAAAAUCGACUUGGUAGAGUCAGACAACGAGCUUUUUUCGCACGCUGAAACUUAUACUCAGAGUAAAAGCAUCCCCUUUUAUCGGAUUUCAUGCCUCACUAAGAAGAAUGUGAGGAACAUGAUGAAGGAAAUGGCGCUCCUGAUUUACGGAAAUGUCAGACUUUGGGAGCUAGUACUAAGAAAUGACUAA